UAACAUGCUAGUGUUACUCUCCAUACUGGACGUGUAUAACUGUUUGCUGGCAAGUUCACUACAAUUUUUUUCCAUCUUACUAAAUAUGAGCUAACCCUUCCUCCCACGGGAGGAAAAUCACACCUUUUGUGUGAGAUUCUGUCGGGAGUAUAAACCGCAGUGAGGCGCGAUGAACAACACAACACACAAAAGGUGAAGGGACUCUCUGUUCUGUAUGGUGUGAUGCCUAAAGCCUCACCGUAUCUAUUUUCUUUCUUAACCAUAUUAAAUGUUAGCUUAGCUUAACAUCCUGUCCACGCCAAGCUGCGCAUUUAUUGACGUCUAUUAUCUAUAAACUGGUAAACUUUCAGGUAUAAUCCACACAUACAUACACACACUGAUACCCACCCCCUUUUUUCACUCCACCCGAAAGACGAGUGUGGUUUCCUCACUGCGCCUCCUCGUCAGAUUUAUCAUUUGGAGCUGAGGAGAACCAGACGCAACUUUUCCUUGUGAAGAAGUGCCGAAGGACAGAGAAGCAGUCGUCACAUCAGCACGCACAGUUUAAUCAAUGAGCAGCAAAGAUGAGACCUUGCGUCUCCACCGGCUGGAUUGUCCGUUAAAAACCGUCUUCAGCUUGCGCUCACACCUCAAACAGAGUGGGUGAAGAUGUGCUUUUGUUUCCAAAGAAGACGCAGCAUGCUGAAAUAUGUUAUCUCCACACAAACAUCUUAGCUGUGGAAUGCAUUAUGUACCACAAAGUAUGAAAAUUUAAUACCUAAUUUAUUGGAUCAAGUUGUUCUCAAUUUAAAACAAACAAACAAACCAAAAAAAAAGAAGGACUGUCUGCUAAGAUAUGGGGGAGUCAAAUAUCAGCCUCGUAGUAGGACCUUCUAGAGAGAUGCAGGAAAAUGUCAGAGAAGGCAAGCUGGAUCAUUAUAUGGACAACUAUGAUAUGGACUAUGGCAUCCCUCCAGAUGAGAUCCCCGAUACCACCCAGGGCCAAGCCUUCUUUGUGGCCACCAUUGUUAUCGGUGUGGUCCUUGUCUGCAUCAUACUUGUUUGUGGGUUGGGAAACUUCAUAUUCAUUGCCACACUGACAAGAUACAAAAAACUCAGAAAUCUAACCAACCUGCUCAUUGCUAAUUUGGCCAUCUCCGACUUCAUUGUGGCAGUGGUUUGUUGCCCAUUCCUGGUGGACUACUACGUGGUUAAGCAGCUUUCCUGGGAUCAUGGAUUGGUGCUCUGUGCCGCUGUGAACUAUCUCCGUACUGUGUCACUCUACGUGUCGACAAACGCAUUGCUUGCCAUUGCAGUUGACAGGUAUAUGGCCAUAGUCCAUCCUCUGAGGCCUCGCAUGAAGUACCAAACUGCCUACUGUCUGAUAACAGGAGUCUGGAUUGUUCCCAUUCUGAUAUCAAUUCCCUCUGCCUAUUUUGCUUCUGAGACCAUGUACCCUCAUGGAGGCACCACCUCAAACACUCACAAAGUCUUUUGUGCCCAAAUAUGGCCUGUGGACCAGCAAGCGUACUACCAGUCCUAUUUCCUGUUUGUCUUUGCUGUGGAAUUUGUUGGCCCUGUGAUUGCCAUGGCAAUGUGUUAUGCCCGAAUUUCCCGCGAGCUGUGGUUCAAAAAUGUCCCAGGUUUUCAGACAGAGCAAAUACGGAAGAGGCUGCGCUGUCGCCGUAAGACAGUGAUGGUCCUAAUUGGAAUCUUGACCGCAUACAUCCUGUGCUGGGCACCGUAUUAUGGAUUCACCAUUCUGAGAGACUUCCAUCCAACACUUAUCUCCCGCCAGAAGAACUCACUGGUGGCUUUUUACAUUAUUGAGUGUAUUGCCAUGAGCAAUAGCAUGAUAAAUACCUUCUGUUUUGUUAGUGUCAAGAACAACACAGUUAAGUACCUGAAGAAGAUUGUACUGUUGCGCUGGAAGUCAACUUAUACCCCUAGUAAGACUGUCGAGGAGAUGGAUGUGAGAACUUCCUCCUUGCCAGUAACAGAGGAAAUUGAAUGCAUUCACCUAAGGUGAAGAGAAAAAUUGGCAAACUAAAUAUUACUGACAUUUGGGUCUCUGUAGUAGACUGUUGAGAUUUGGACAUCAAAUCUUGUGCUCAGAUUAUGGAAACUGUCCAAGCUUCACAAACCACAUGGAACCACUGAACUGACUACUGGGCCAUUAGUCAGUUCCAUAUAUAUUCCACUACCUACAGUAUUUCUGCAUUAUGAGAAUGUGAUCGCUGUGCUGUUCAUACCGUGGGUAUUAACUGUGCAUUGUAGAAUAUUGUCUCAUCUGUAUACACUAUAUUACACUGAAGACAUGUGAAUAAUAGCUGCUGCUGCCCUAACUGGCCCAUCCAAAAUGCUUAUCUAGGUAUUACUUGUAUAAGUUCUCAAAAAAAUCAAAUAAGUGUUGACACCAAUUUUAAAAUACCAAAAACCAUUUUUACUAUGUAUAUGUGUAUAUAUGUAUGUGUGUGUGUGUGUGUGUGUGUGUGUAUACGUGCACAUUUUAUAAAUAUUCCAUGCCACUAUUUAAGUAUAUUUAAGUAUUGAACAUUGAGCAAAGUCCUUUUUAAUAACUGAAUAACCCAACAAAGACAUAUUUCCAUGUCUGCUGAGUGUAAAGAUAAUUUUUUUUCAUCAUUUGAGCUUACAACGAUCAAUAUAUUGCAUGCUUAUUUGUAGAACAGUACAUGUUAUAUUUCCUGAUGGUAAUAAACUAUAAGA